AUGCCCAUCGCCCUGUCUCCUCCAAACAGGCCCAGGAAUGGCUUGACCAAGUUCACCAACUGCCGUUUGGUCAAAGGCGAUGCCUUGGUCACGGAAGACCUUUGGGUCAGCUCAACAACGGGCACCGUCAUCAACAGCCAGGCUACCUUCUUCGACGAGUUGAAUCUUCCCGACAGGACCAUCGAUCUUGGCGGUCGUGUUAUUUCCCCGGGUAUGAUUGAGUGCCAGCUCAACGGAGCGUUUGGCUUCAACUUCUCAACGCUGCUCGAUGAUAUGUCGCAAUAUGGCAAAAAGGUCAACGAGGUCAACAAGCUGCUCGUCCAGACUGGCGUUACAUCCUACAUCCCGACCGUCACCAGUCAACGGCCAGAGCUGUAUCAAAAGGUCCUUCCCUUCCUCGGACCGUCUGGAGCAAACAGAGAUGCGCACGACGGCGCCGAAUCCCUCGGUGCUCACUGCGAAGGACCAUUCCUGAAUCCUACCAAGAACGGCGUGCACAACGUCGACGUUCUCAUCGAGGCGCAAUCCUUCGCCGACAUUGAGGCUUGCUAUGGCGCCGACAACCUGCGGCCUCGGCACUGCGGUGAAAGCAUCCCCGUCAGGAUGAUCACGGCCGCCCCUGAGCGUGGGCAGAUGAUGCGACUCAUCCCAGAGAUUGCAUCGCGAGGCAUAAUCUACUCGAUUGGUCACUCCGAGGCUACCUAUGAGGAAGCGUCCGAGGCCGUGGGUCGCGGCGCGACCAUGAUCACCCAUCUUUUCAACGCCAUGCGGCCUCUUCACCAUCGCAACCCCGGCAUUUUUGGCGUUCUUGGCAAAGCGGAGAACCUGGCACGUCCCUACUUUGGUAUCAUUUCUGACGGAAUUCAUCUUCACCCGACGACCAUUAAGAUUGCUUUCAAUGCCCAUCCCGACGGCUUUAUCCUCGUCACCGACGCCAUGCAUCUCGUCGGCCUGCCGGACGGUGCUUACCCUUGGACCAACGGCGAACAGAUGUGCAACAUUGUCAAGAAGGGAUCCAAGCUGUUGCUGGAAAACUCGGACACGAUUGCUGGAAGCUCUAUCACGUUGCUGGAAUGCGUUAAUAAUUUCCUAGAGUGGUCCGGCACCGGCAUCCCCCAAGCCCUCAAGGCCGUGACCUCAACGCCAGCGGCCAUGCUGGGCUUACAGGGCAUCAAGGGAUCUUUGGACCCCGGUGCUGACGCUGACCUCGUCAUCUUUUCCGAACAAGAGUCUGUGACGGGCUCGGGAUCAAAGCAGCUCGUCCUGGACGAAGUGUGGAAGUUUGGCAGUCUGCUGCACACGGCCGACCACGUCAAGACCACAUGA